AUGGCCAACUCCACCCUGGUAACUGAGUUCCUCCUGGAAGUUUUUGUUGAGCUCAGGAUACUAUUCAGUGUGCUGUUCCUGUUGGCGUACCUGGGCAGCCUGUUAGGGAAUCUUAUCAUCAUCAUUGUUACUACAGUUGACCAGACACUGAACACACCCAUGUACUUCUUCCUCAGGAAUCUGUCCAUCUUAGAUAUGUGCUAUGUUUCUGUUACUUUGCCCAAUGUCUGUAUCAACUGUCUCACUGACCACAGGGAUAUUUCUGUUCCUCAGUGUAUAGCACAGAUUUUUUUUUUUUUUUGCAGCUGUAGAGAUUCUAUGACUGUGAGCAUCCCUCUCCUAUACUCUGUGAUCAUGAACUACCAAGUCUGUGUUCAGAUGAUGCUGGCUUCCCUAUUUAGCUCUCUUGCCAUUGCAAGUGUGCACACUUUCAAAACUUUCCAGCUGUUCUUUUGUCACUCUAAUGUACUCCAUCAGUUCUGUGAUAUUCCUGCUUUGCAGAGGCUUUCUUACUCUGAAACCUUUAACAACAAACUUCUAAUUAUGUCUGUCAUUGGUGUUGGUAGUAGCUGUUUGACAUUCAUUGCUAUUUCAUAUGCUCACAUAUUGUCAACUGUGUUCAAAAUUCCUGUCAAAGGAGAG